AUGCCGAGGUGGGGGCAACCCAUGAGGAGGGGAGAAAGGUCCAGGAGCCUGCUCGGGCUUUACUAGAGCCUUGUGGAGCAACCACAAGCUGUCCCUGGAGUAGCGGGAUGGGGAAGUGUCCCAUCCCACUCUGCAGCUCUCUGUUCUGCCAUGCAGGGUGGAUGCUGGGGGUGAGCCAGAGAAGGGCAGCUCCCACCCAGCAUUUCCAUUUUUUCCCCUUUAAAUUAAACAACCAGCAUCAUUUUUGGCCGUGCUGCCAAGGAAACAGCCAUGGGAAGCCUGUAAGAUCCUGGCUGAGGUCCCUCCAUGUUUGCCAGCCCCACUGACAGCGCAGCUUCCCCGCACUGCAGCAUGCAGCGGCUCUGGCUCCCAGGGCUCCCUGCCUUAUGGCUUUGAGGACCACGGGGCAGCAGGAAGGGGCCACCAUGCGCAGCAGAAGCUCCCGGCGCAGCGGCUGCUGAGGGGUGCGGCAGCUUUGGCCGGAUCCAGGUUGUUGGGAGCUGCCGCUGGGAAGUUCACUCAUCAAAAGGCUCCAGAGACGCUGGUCGUGGGGAUUUGAAGGAGGUGCCGCCUGGGCCGGCUGGGUUGGGUGUGCUGUGCUGUGCUGUGCUGUGCUGUGCCCUGAGCCUGGCUGCUGGUGGGAGGCUGGGGCCGGCACAGUCAUGCUCACACAGCUUCCGCCGUGACCCAGUAAACCCAGUCAGACCUGACCGGGGCUCACUCGCUCCCCUGCACGCUCACGCACGCCUGCCUGCCUCUGCUGCCGCACUGCUUUCCUCGUGCUCCGCCGAGCCCAGCAAACCCGUUCCACCAGCGGGAGACAGCACUGGGAGCCGCGGCUGCAUCCCGCAGGAGCACCGGUGGCCGGCGGUAGGAGCGGGGCUUCGGCCUCCAUGGAUGUUGCACAUUGAGAUCGGAGCGGUUGGUUCCUCGUGGGGGCCGUCAGCCCUGCAGCUGGAUCCUGCCUCUGCCACCCUUCUCCUUCAGCGUUGCUGGCCAGGGCAGGAUUUGGGGCUGGAUUGCAGGUCCUAUGUCGGGCCCCCCUGCGCUGGGAAGUAGGAGGCUUUGGCAGCCAUCCCCAUCCCAGGGAGCUGGGGAGCGCGUCCCAAGGAUUGGCUGUGCCGCAGGAUGGGCAGCUGCCCUCAGCGGGGCAGUGGGAAGAUGAGCAGAGGCAUAGCCCAUCUCCUGACGGCUCUCUUCAUGGCGGUGACAGCAGUGAUAGGCUACCCAUCACGGCGCUCUGCCACCGACCUGGAUGCCACCCCCAGGACAACAGUCACCUUUGAGGAGCUGUUGGGCGUCCGGCGCUUCAGAGCGCGCACCCUCAACUACAGCACCCUGCUGCUGGAGGAUGACCGCGGCAUCCUCUACGUGGGGGCCAGGGGAGCCAUCUUCGCCCUCAACUCCAGCGACGUGGCCGACGGCUCCCACCGCACGAUCCAGUGGGAAGCCUCCCCAGAGAAGCAGAUGGACUGCCUGCAGAAGGGCAAAAACAACAAGACCGAGUGCUUCAACCACGUGCGGUUUCUGCAGAGGCUGAACAGCACCCACCUCUAUGCCUGCGGGACCUACGCCUUCCACCCGCUCUGCGCUGCCAUUGAUGCCAACAGAUUUACAUUGCCAUCACACUUCGAGGAGGGCAAGGAGAAGUGCCCCUACGACCCUGCUCGUGGCUACACUGGCCUCAUCGUGGAUGGUGGACUGUACACGGCCACACGCUACGAGUUUCGGAGCCUCCCUGACAUCCGGAGGAACCUGCACCAGCGGCCGCUGAAAACAGAGGAAUCCCCCCUGCACUGGCUGAACGAUGCUGAGUUCGUGGCCUCAGUGCUGGUCCGGGAGAGCAAGGACAGCCCUGUGGGUGACGAUGACAAAAUCUACUACUUCUUCACGGAGUGGGCAGGCGAGGAGACCACAUCCUUCUUCGACAAGAGCCAGGUGGCCCGAGUAGCCCGAGUGGCCCGUGUCUGCAAGAGCGAUGUGGGGGGAAAGAAGAUCCUGCAGCGCAAGUGGACAUCCUUCAUGAAGGCACGCCUGGUCUGCUACAUCCCCUACUAUGAGGUGCUGCGCAGCGUCUGCAGCCUGGAUGGAGGCAGCUGGGCCAGCACCGUUUUCUAUGCCGCCUUCACGCUUUCGGCGCAGUGGAGGACCAUGGAGGCUUCUGCCGUGUGCCGCUACAGCAUCUCAGCAGUGCAGCGUGCCUUCGAGGGCCCCUACAUGGAGUACCAGGACUCGGCUCGCAAGUGGUCCCGCUACGACGGUGCGGUGCCUGAGCCCCGACCUGGCUCCUGCAUCACGGACCACUCCCGCAGGAAGGGCUACAACUCCUCGCAGGACCUGCCCAACAGUGUCCUGGACUUUGUGAAGCUGCACCCACUCAUGUUUGAGGAGGUGAAGCCGGCUGGCGGGGAGCCGCUGCUGGUGAAGAAGAGCGUGGUGUACAGCCGGCUGGCCGUGGACAGGGUGCGGGCCCUUGAUGGUCGCUCCUAUGAUGUGCUCUUCAUGGGGACGGGGGACGGCUGGAUCCACAAGGCUGUGGUGGUGAGCUCCGGCAUCCACAUCGUGGAGGAGGUGCAGGUGUUUAGGGACCCGCAGCCUGUGGAGAGCCUGGUGAUCUCCCAUGCCCAGAGGAGCCUGUACGUGGGGGGAGCCACUGGGAUCCUGCAGGUGCCCCUGGCCUCCUGCAGUAGGUACACCUCCUGCUAUGACUGCAUCCUCGCCCGGGACCCCUACUGCGCCUGGGAUGGCAGGUCCUGCUGUGCCACUGCCACCACAGACAGGGUAGGGCUGGUGCAGGACAUUCAGAGUGGCAACGAGGGAUGCCGGAGCAGCUCUGGGAGGGUGCUUGUCCCCACAGGCUCUCUGCCAUGGAAGAACCGGACGGUGCUGCAGGGGGACGACGUGCUGCUGCCCUGUGACCAGCGCUCCAACCUGGCACGAGCCGUGUGGCUGCUGAACGGCAGCGAGGCGCUGGACGCAGGGCAGGACCGGCUGCGCAUCGGGGUGGAUGGGCUGCUGAUGACAGACACGCUGCCGCAGCACAGCGGCGAGUACCGCUGCUACGGCGAGGAGCGCGGUCUCCGGACGCUGCUGGCUGCUUACAGCCUCACCGUGCUGCCCGAGCUGCCCCGCAGCCCCACGGCUGCCUCACGGCCUCAUGCUAUCAGCCAAGCAGCCAGCGACAUGAAGGUGGCUUAUGUCUCCGCCAUCGUCGCCUUGGUGGUGCUGUGCGCUGUGCUCAGCACCGUCCUCCUCUAUGUGUCCUGCCUGGAGAAGCGCAAAGGCAAGUACGUGCUGGGGGAUCCACGGCCGGCCAGCGUGGAGCUGCAGACCGUCUCAGCCAACUGCCUGCGCAAGGGCCACCGGGAAGAGGAGGAGGAGGAAGAGCUCGCCUACCCUGAUGGCUGCCUGCGCAUCAUCCCUGGGGAGGCACCCACGGCUGCCACAUCCCCGGUAAAGGAGCUGCCGGCUGCUGUGCCCCCGUUGCCGCCGCCGCUGCCGGCCGAGCUCACCAACGGCGUGGGGUCUCUGCCCAACGUGCUCCGCAAGAUGAAUGGCAACAGCUACAUGCUGCUGCAGCAGCAGGAGGAGCCGCUGGUCUCGCCGCUCUACAGCGCAUCCUUCACCGAGGAGCUCAGCAAGAUCCUGGAGAAGCGGAAACACACGCAGCUGGUGGAGAAGCUGGACGAGAGCUCCGUGUAGGGGCUGGGAGGGGUCCUGCCAGCGGGACCCUCCUCCCCUCCAGCCCCUUCUCCCACCCCUUGCCAGCAGUGUUACAAGACUCAGGCAAAACUACCUCCUGGAUGGCACAGCCAGGCCAGGCCUGGGCUUGGCCAUUCCUGUGGCUUUUCUCUGACUUUUGAGACUCGCUAUACAGAAAAAACAAAGAAUCUAUUUAAAUUUGGAGCUCUAUUUAUGUAUAAAAACCCACUGACGGUGGCCACAAGCUGGAGGCAGGAGCUGGCACCUGGCUGAAGGUGGACCCUGGGGGGAGGGAGAGUUUCUGUCUGUCCGUCUGUCCAGGUGUGAGGGAGAGAUGCUGUUGUGGACGCAUGGACUUGGCCUGCCCUGCUGGGUGUCCCUUGGCUGCUGAGAGGGAUGGCUCCAGGAAGAGGACAGUUCAGUGAGUGUUGGAGCUGGGUGAGGAAGCUGAUGUCCAGAAUGUCCUGGAGCAGCUGGUGGAGCGAUGUGUGCCUGCUGUGAGGAGGAUACAGGGCGCUGCGGAGGAAGAGCAGGGUGCAGCAGCAGGACACACUGGCAGCAGGACUGGCAGCCACGGCCUGCGGUGUAGCAGGGGACUUACUGCAGCACCAACAUUCCCCACAGCGUCUGCAGUGCCUCUGCGGCCCCACGUUUCUGCCCUCCUGCGUGGUGCUGCUGGAGAACUGGGGUUCAGGCACAGCCCUGUCCACCACGGAACAUGUGGGAAGGGAAACAUCCUCACAGAGCAAGGAGUCCUGGACAACGCGUCUCCCACUGGGGCCUCCUGCCCUUCAUGGCACUUUCAAGGGGCAGCCACUGUCCCUAAAUCCCCCCAACUACCUCUCCUGCCACCUCCUGGGGGAACCUGUGGAACUGGAGUGACAAAAGCAUGUCCCGUUGUGGGGACAGGUCUGUGACACUGGAGAAACUGUGAAGGGAGAGACUUGUUGAGGUGCCUGACCUCCCUUCUGUGUUCCUUGCUGGCACUUCCAGGAUCAGGACAUCACCUGGAGCUCAGCCCAGCAGGGGGACAGGAACAGGGUGGCAGCCCUUGGCGUCCCCAGCAGGCUGGAGCCCAGGCCCCCCUGCCCCAGCAGGGUGAGGUGCAGUGGAAAAAGUCAAGAGCCAAACACCUGCAUUCCCCCAUCCUGCCCCAACCCUUGGUGUUGCUGCAAGGUGGGACCAAGCAACCCCCAAGCACCCACCCUCUGCAAGGAGGGGCAUCACUCUCCGUGUCUGGCACCCCUCAUGCACAGCCCCAUGUGCCCCCUGGCAAUAAACACGGCUCUGUCUAGAA